UGUAUGUAUCUGCUGUAUACGUAGCGUUUUGCAGAAGCGAAACACAUUUUCCAUUCUUAAGCGGAUAAAAAUAGUAAUUCAUUUUACCAAGGCUGCCAAAAAAUGAUCAACGUAACAACCGUCCAGGGUAAUUUAUCUCAGACCUUCGACCGGCGCCGCAAUGAACUGAUCACCUUAAUCUCCACAUUCAGCCUGAUUUCCGUAACCGGCGUGGUGCUCUCCUUGACCUUAUUCUUUACAUUGAUCCUUCGUUCGCAUCUGCGCACGCGUUCCGGCGUCCUUCUGGCCCAUCAACAACUACUCCACGCCCUGGAAAUCGGGGUCAGCAAUCCCUUGUACAUUAUCACCGGCUGGGCAGUGUGGCUGGGCGUGCCCAUUACAACCUUCAACUGCACCACCAUGUACUUCUUCGGACAGUGGUUCAUCUGCGCGGAAUCCUGGGCAUCCCUCUUUCUUGCCUUUAACCGUUUCGUUGCGUUGAUCUUUCCCCAUCAGUACGGUCGUGUCACCUCCAAUCUGGCGACCAUGGUCUUUUUAGUUAGUGCGUGGGGCAUCGGUUUGGCCGUGAACCUCCCCGGAUUGUGGGGUAUCGGCGGUGUAUUUGGCAAACGGGAUUUCGGGGGACGGUACGAUUGCGGACGCAUUAGCAUUACGUCGCAGGAAAUUAGUAACGCUGUCGCCACCCUGGGUGGUUAUUUACCGCUGGCAUUGCAAGGCAUCAUAUACCUGGCAGUAAUCGUCGGUUAUCAAAUUGAGGGACGAAGGCAAGGCAACAGUUUGCAGCGGAAGCGGAUGCAUUUGUUUCGUUUACUUUUCGCAUCGUAUUUGUGGUAUUUGUUGUGGUAUUUGCCGGUUCUGGUUGUGGCGUAUGGGUUUCCUUACUACUGGUAUUCGGAUAAAAUCAGAGCUGGAUGGUUUAUCGUCCUGCAACAAAUCGGAUAUGUCGGAAGUCCGGUAUUCUUGCUGCUUAUGAAUCGGGACAUUGUCAGCAAUACUAAGAAUGGGAUACGACGCAUUUUCUGCCGUACCACAUUUCGCUCAGUCCAACCCAGUAGUGGUGAAUUACCUGCAUCUUCGAAAUUUGGAUUACAUCGCCUUCGAAGCCGUUAACGCGGUUUGCUUAUGGAGUUUGGUUUUAACGACUUUAAUGUGUAUCAAAAUCUGUACUGUUUUAAGAUGCGGUUUUUAUCAUUACAGCAAUCCA